ACUUCCGUCACUUUUGUCUGGUUUGUCUGCGGGCUGCAGCUGGACCCUCCUCGUUCUAUUAGUACUCCAGACAGUGAAGCAGUGUUUCUACUAACAACACAGGAUUAUCCGGAGAGUUUAUUGUUACUGCAGAUGGAAAAAUAAGAGCGUGUCCAGACCUGUGUGUUCAUACUCUGAAGAGACUCCGCUACUCACCUGACUCACAUGAGAGAAACCAGGAAAACAGGUUGUUGUUCUGCCUCACUGAGACAAGACACACUGAGAGUCAGACGGUAAGACUCACCUUCAGACCAAAACCAGCACUUCCACUGAGAGAGGACAGCUACAGGAGUGAUACUGGGAAUACUGGGAAUACUGGGAAUAUUGGGAAUACGACCACUUCAACCUGCUGCUGAAUCCACAAACUGAACAAGAGUUUGACGAGAACAAAGACUCAAAGUGAAGGUAACUUUCAGGGCCGUUACUGAAGGAGGGAGUGGCUGACUGUUUCCUGUCUGAGCGUCUGCUGCUGUGACUUCAGCUUCACUCAGAGACUAAAUGGCUUCCAGAUUAGAGGAAGAUCUCUGCUGUCCUGUCUGCCAGGACAUCUUUAAAGAUCCUGUCAUCCUGUCAUGUUGCCACAGCUUCUGUAAAGGCUGUCUGCAGAGCUGGUGGACAGAGAGAGGAAGUCGGGAGUGUCCAGUUUGUAAGAGGAGACAUUCAAAGGACGGACUGCCUCCUAACUUUGCUUUAAAGAGCCUGUGUGAGAGUUUCCUACAGGAGAGAGAUCAGAGAGCUUCAGAGGCUCUCUGCAGUCUGCACUCUGAGAAACUCAAACUCUUCUGUCUGGACCAUCAGCAGCCAGUUUGUGUCGUCUGCAGAGACUCAGAAGAACACAGCAACCACAGAUUCAGACCCAUCGAUGAAGCUGCACGACAACACAAGAAGGAACUUCAGGAAACUCUGAAAUCCUUAAAGGAGAAGUUAAAGGUUUGUGAACGAGUUAAAGUGAAGUUUGAUCAAACAGCAGAACACAUGAAGGUCCAGGCCCGACACACAGAGAGGCAGAUUAAGGAGCAGUUUAAGAAGCUUCAGCAGUUUCUAGAGGAGGAAGAGGAGGCCAGGAUGGCUACACUGAGGGAGGAAGAGGAGCAGAAGAGUCAGAUGAUGAAGGAGAAGAUGGAGGCUCUGAGCAGAGAGAUAGCAGCUCUUUCAGACACAGUCAGAGCCACAGAGGAGGAGCUGAGAGCUGAAGACGUCUCAUUCCUGCUCAACUACAAGGCUGCAGUGGAAAGAGUCCAGCAGCGCCCCCUGCUGGAUGAUCCACAGCUGCCCUCAGGAGCUCUGAUAGACCAGGCCAAACACCUGGGCAACCUGACCUUCAACAUCUGGAACAAGAUGAAGGACACGGUCUCCUACACUCCUCUCAUUCUGGACCCAAACACUACUGGUCAAGAACUCACCCUGUCUGAAGAUCUGACCAGUGUGAGACGAGGAGAGAGACAGCAGCUUCCUGACAAUCCAGAGAGGUUUGACUUGUGCAGCUGUGUCCUGGGCUCUGAGGGCUUUAACUCAGGGACUCACAGCUGGGAUGUCGAGGUUAAAGACAGUACAGGCUGGAGACUGGGAGUGUUAUCAGAGUCUGUCCAGAGGAAGGGAGUCAUACGGUCUGGAUUAUGGAGAAUAGGGUUCAUUGGAGGUAACUACUUAGCACUGUCACCACCAGCUCCAUCUGUUCUCAGUGUGCAGAAGAAGCUCCAGAGGAUCAGAGUGAAGCUGGACUGGAACAGAGGAAAGCUGUCGUUCUCUGAUCCUGAUACUAACACACACAUACACACCUUCACACACACUUUCACUGACAGGAUGUUUCCAUAUCUCAGCACUUUUGAUAACAACCCACUGAAGAUUUUACCAGCAAAGGUCUGUGUGACUGUAGAACAAUAUAAUGAGGAUGAGGAUGAGAGCAUGUGACUGUGUCCUGGUGAUUUGUUGGCAUAGCCCCCAGGGUAUGUGUAACUUCCACCUUCAAAAUAUUUGCACUCUCACCAUUUGUUACUGUUCUAGAACCACACUUGUCAACAACCAGUCAAGAAGCAAAUAUUUUAACAGAUAAAAAGCGAUCAACAUAUUCUCUUCUUCCAUAUGUUCUUUGUUGAACAAAAGUUACUGUAAUGUUAGUUUUUAGAUCAACGCUGGAUGGGGGAAUUCACUUAAGCCAGACUGACUUCUUCCGUAGGCUCUGACUUACAUACUAUCUGUCUGCUUAUGAAAAUGUAAUACCAUAUCUAAUUCCUCCCUGUCUUAGAUAAGUUGCAGGUCCAAAGAAUGCUAUUUAAUUACACUAAUUAUUGUUACUGCACUGUAGAUUGGUUCAAUCAGUGUGUGAUUUUGCCCUGUAGUUUGGCUUGAAGGAAUGGUGGAAGGAAUAAAAGAUUUGGAGUAAUUAUUACUAUUUAUAUGGAUGCAUGAAUGUAUGAUUGCUUUUUUUUAAUCAUAUUUCCCUGUGUGGAUAUCUGUGGGUAUGUAAAGCCUACAUUUAUGCAACAUGUACAUUUUUAUUUCAUUUAUUAAAUGCAGAAAUUUAAGUUACCGAC